GUUGUAGAUUUUGUAUGUAGUCUUUCUUUCCCAUGCAUACAUAUUCGAACCCAAUAGGUAACGCCGAUCGAAAAGCUGAAAAAUGCCAUUCAUACAUCCUAAUUGCUUCUGUAUCUCUUGUUCAUCUUCUUCUCUUUGGCUGUACAUAACCUUAGUAGACAUUUUUUCUCCACCACCACCGCUUUCUUUGUUUCUUUUCCAGUGUUGGAAAACAAACAAAGCUAGAUGCUUUCUUGAUUAGAAACCUCCAAGAAUCAGCAAUUUACCAUUUUUCUCCACUAUUCUAGGUUUCCUCUAGGAGCUAAUACUGCUGUAAAGCAAACUCUGCACAGAGAAUGUGCAGAACCCAACUGAGUAUUUAUUUAUUCUGUUUCUUGGGUAUUUGUCUGAAUCACAGCAGCAAGUGUUCGUGCACAGUUGCGCAUAAUUCUUCAUCGUAUCUAAACAAACAGGCUCCAAAGAGGCUCCUAUUUCUUGUAGACUCCAAUCUUAUAUUUGGUGAAUUUCUAAAUUAAAUAAUUCGGACAUGUUUAUGAAGCAAUUUAGAAGUGUGCAACGCACAGUCAAAAAGAUGAGCACCACCACAUUUUAGAGUUCUUUCACAGUGACAUGAUUUGCAACCAAUAAUGAUGCAAUAGACCUCACUAUAUGAAUUAACCUUGAUAACAAGUAGAGCCAGGAGGUGUGCUAUAUUAUGUUUGUUAUUAGGGAUUCACUUGUUUAAUUACUUAAACCAUUUGGAUAAGGAAGAAGUUGUUGGUUAGCUUGGAUAUUCAUUGCCAGAAUAAUACUUAGUCAUGGUCUUGUUAUUUGCAUCACUACAUAUUCUUGAUUAUUUUGGAAAAUCAUGUCCCAGUGAAGAAAUCUAAAAUACGGUGGUGUUCAUCUUAUUGACUUUGUGUUUGUGUAUUCAUGCUCACUUCUAAAUUGCUUCAUGCCCUGAUUAUUAACUUCAGAAAUUCACUAGAUAUAAGGUUGGAGUUUACAGGAAAUAGGAGAUGAGAAUGGAAAGAUACUUUAGACUUUUUGAUGGUUUUUCACCAUGAACCUAGAUUUAUCUGCUUGAUCCUCUUAGAAACCAAGUCUGGGUUGUUUCUUUCGAUGUUUGGUAGUGACCUCAUUAUGUUUGUUUCUCAUGGGUUAUUUAGCUAACUGACCUCCUGACAAGUGUUUUUUGAAUCUAGGACCUCCUGACAGGUGUUUUUGAAAUCUAUGACCUUCUUACAAGGUUCUAUGCAUUCUUGUGUAUAUAAGUGGCAUUCUUUUGUUAAGCGGUGAUAUUCUCAAACGUGUUAGAACACCAUAGAUUUAAAAAAAAUCUGUCUGAAUAUGGUUUUUUCAUACAGAUGGUUUUCGAGAAUGUUCGACAAGUCAUAUUUGGAACCAAGCUUUUCGUGCUUUUUCCGGCCAUUCCAAUGGCGUUUGUCGCUCAACGUUACAGUUACGGUAGACCAUGGAUUUUUGCUUUGAGUUUGAUUAGGCUUACUCCACUUGCGGAACGUUUGAGCUUUCUAACAGAACAAAUUGCAUACUUCACAGGCCCUACAGCAAAAAGAAUACUACCAUCGGCAAUCGGAGAGCAUCCAAGCAACUUAAAUGUUGGGGUAUGGAAGUAUGUUAUUUGUUUAUUACGGCUACCAAUCGACAUCGAUAAAUUUGGUUUUUUUUUUUCACUUGUUUUGUUUCAAAUGACAACUCUUGGCCAUAACAACRGGAGGUUUCCAUUUUUGUUAUGUGAAAUAGUGUACGAGUAUGGAAAUGAUAAAUUUUGCUACAUUAACUUUUGGUUGUAUUUUUGCAAAAGCAAAUAUUUUGGUUAAUCCWUCAGAUAAUGUUGAAAUGUGUGUAUACAUGUAAAGAUGAURAGAUCAUGACUCAAAUGUUUAUGGUAGA